AUGUGGCAGGUCGGAAGGCUGCAGGCUCAGCCAUCAGCCCAGGCUCUGAGCAGGCACCUGCGGCGCUUCCAUGCUGCGAGAAGCGUGUCUUCGCCCAAGCCCACCAAUGCAGCCCACCAAGCAGCCGUUGUUUCUUAUUAUGACGUGCUUGGCGUUGACCGCUCCGCCUCUGCACAGGACAUCAAGAAGGCUUAUUAUCAACAGUCCAAGAUCUGGCAUCCAGACAAGAACCCCGGAGACGCAGAUGCCGCGGACCGCUUUGCUUUGUUGACUGAGGCAUACAACAUCCUUUCACAGACCGAAUCCAGAGCGCAGUAUGACCGCGGAGCCGCUGUGUCGACACAGCCUGGUGCGUCGCCCGGGCCGGUGUUUCGAAACCAAAGGCGUCAGGGACCACUGAACUACAACACACAGUUUGACUUUCAGGAAUAUUACAAGAAACACUAUGGAGACGCCAUCCGACGAAAGAAGGAACGCGAGCAGCGCUUCGAGCGAUACAAGCAUGUCCUGGACCAAGACACAGGGAACUUUGUUACCCUGUUGACGUUUUGCCUCAUGUGCGCGUAUGUGCUCACAAACCUGGCCAAGAAGACUGGAUCUGUUAUCUUCGACCGCGCCUACGUCCAACAAGCCAUUUGCUGCCCAAGCCGAUCGUCCUUCCUGACAGGCCGACGCCCGGAUACUACCAAAGUCUGGGACCUCGACACGUACUGGCGGCAGGCUGGCGGAAACUUCACCACCUUGCCAGAGGUGUUCAAGGAGAGCGGUUACUGGACCGUGGGCAUGGGCAAAGUGUUUCAUCCGGGCUUCAAGGACGAUGCACCGUAUUCAUGGUCGGAGCCAUAUUACCACCCAGAUGACGGUGGCAUUGGCGAGAACAUGACAGACUGCUACACGGAAGUGAAGGAGCCGAUUACGGACGAUGACAUCAGUGACGGCAUGGUGGCGCGCUAUGCAGAGCGAAUGCUUCAGGAGGCGGCAAAGAAGAAGAAUCCUUUCUUCGUCGCCGUUGGGUUCCGCCGUCCUCACAUGCCGUGGAAUGUGCCGGCCAAGUACUACGACAUGUACCCGCCGUCCAACAUCACGCUCGCCGACCACAACCAGCCGCCAAAGAACUACGGCGACGCACAGAAGUGGAGCUGGGAUCCGCAGAGCGGGCCGCGGCACUGCGGAUAUAUGAAGAAGAUGUCGCAGGGCACCCCGCCCCCAUAUGGCGAAUACGCGCUCGUUCCAGACUGGCUCUCGUUGCUCUUCCGCAGAGGGUACUUUGCGUCUGUGACUGCGACUGACCGCAACGUCGGGGUUGUGCUUGACGCGCUGCACAAGACGGGAAAGGCGAACAACACCAUUAUCAUCUUCUUCGGCGAUCAUGGCUGGCACCUCGGCGACCAGGGCGAGUUUGGAAAGAAGACCAACUUUGAGCGCGGGACGCGCACGCCACUCAUUGUCCACAUCCCACCCUCGCUGCAGCACGAGUUCCCCGAAUUGUACAAGAAGCAAGGAGGCCAGCGAACCAACGCACUUGUUGAGUUUGUGGACAUCAUGCCAACCAUCAUGGAUCUUGCCGGUCUCUCCGCCCCCGCCAUUUGCCCCAACGUGUCCAAGGACGUGAAGCUCUGUGCCGAGGGCGUCUCUCUCAGGCCCGUGCUGGCAAAGCCCUGGGCCUCCUCGGAUUUCAAGGACGCCGUCUUUAUGCAAUACGCCCACUGCAUGCAUGACGAUUUCAUCUGGCACGACGGCUGCAAAGACCCCGCGGAGCCGAAGGUGAUGGGUACGCCGUUCGCACACGCAGGUGGCGGUACAUUGAGUGGGUGCGCAUCGACAAGACAACCUUCCCGCCCACCAUUCACUGGGACCAGGUGCUUGGUGUGGAGCUGUACGACCACACAGAGGACGACACUGUGGAGAAUGUCGCCGAAAGCGUCAACCUGGCCGGCACCAUGCCUGACGUUGAGCAGCAUCUUAGCCGCAUCCUACACAACGGCUGGCGACACUCGCUGCCGUCAAAGUAGCUGUGGUUGCUGUCGGUGUUGUUGCUGCUGUAGUUGUCCCAACACAUCUGUGUUUGUGGCUUGCACGUACUGCGGAUGAUGGUUGUUUGCUUAUGCCGCUGUCUGGGUGUGUGUGCAGGCGUGCACCUAUUAUCCCGCUUCUUGUUAAGUGAAGUUUCUUUGCGGGUCAUCGUUGAUCAUUCUCAAAUACACAUGCAUGGGCAACGGUCGAUCAACAACAUGUCCCCAUCAACACGCAAGCCCCAAAACAUAACACAGAAAG